GUGUAAAUAGAGCGACCGCGGCGUCGCGUCGGCCUCGCCACCUUCUAGGCAGCCAACGAGGAGUCCCAGAGGGAGAUGGAAGACGAUGAGGAGGAGCAGCGACGGAGAAAGGUGGAGGCUGGGAGGGCAAAGUUUGCUCACUUCCGACAGAGAAAAGCAAAAGGUGACAGUACGAAUUCGAAGAAAAAGACGGCGAAGAGGAAGGGCUGGCCUGUCGAUGCGCCUGUCCCGGAGGAGAGUCCGCUAGCCUCUGGGGACAGCGGUCUCCCUGGAGAAAGGGAUGUGCGGGGAAGUACAUCCUGCAGCGACACCCCUGAGAAGGCAGAAGGGGCAAUUGCAGCUCAGGCCUGUGAGCAGGGGCCUGAGCUGGAGGUUGCUGCCCUGACUCGGCGACAUGAAGAAGAGACUGCCCAGCUCCGGGCUGAGCUCCAGCAGGUGGCUGCGGCCCAUGAGGCGGAGAUGCAGCGGAUGCAGCUUCAGACCCAGACGGUGCACGCCCUGGAGUUGGAAGCGCUGCGUCUGAGCCUGAGCAACAUGCACACGGCACAGUUGGAGCUGACCCAGGCCAACCUGCAGAAGGAGAAGGAGGCGGCGCUGACUGAGCUGCGUGAGAUGCUCAAUGGGCGCCAUGCCCAGGACCUGGCCCUGGUGCAGAACCGGCAGCAGAGUGAACUGGAGCUCAUCCGGGAGCAGCAUGUGCGAGAGAAGGAAGCACUAGCGCUCCAAUGUGGGCAAGAGGCAGUUGAGUUGAAGGAGAAGCUAACAUCAGAAGUGGAGAAAAACAUCCAGAUAAUCGAGACCCUGAAUCGAGAUUGGGAGUCAAAAAGAGACUCAAGCUUAGAAAAUCUACGGAAAGAAUUAUCCGAGAAGCACCAGUCAGAAUUGGAGCGUCUGAAGAACCAGUAUAAGAAGGAACUGGCUGAGCAGAAAGUUGAGCUGGAAAAGAUUUUCCAAGCCAAAAGUCAGACAGAAUGUGCCCUCAAGGACCUGGAGAGCCAGCACCAAGCUGCCCUGCAGCAGUUACGGGAGGACUUACAGUCUCAGCAUGGCCAGUACCUAGAAGACCUGGAGCUGAAAUAUAAAAAAAAGGAAGAAGAAAAACAGCUGGAGUUAGAGCGUCUUCAAGCAUCAUACGAAGAGUUGAAGGCUCAGUCUCAAGAGGAGAUCCAGCACCUGUGGUCCCAGCUCAAUUCUGCAAGAGCCGAUGGUCAGGAAGGGCGGGGGUUCCAUGAGGAGCUCUUGGUUUCAGCAUCGCACGUGGAAGAGUUAGAACUGCUAAAGCGAGACUUUGGACUGCAGCAGCAACGAGAGAAAGCUGAACAUGAGACUGAUCUGGAGCAGUUGAGGAUUUAUUUUGAAAAGAAAUUAAGAGAUACUGAAAAAAGCUACCAGGAAGACCUAACUCUGUUACAGCAACGGCUGCAAGAGGUGAAGGAAGAUUCUUUUCAGGAAUAUGCGGAAAUCAGCUCCUCCAGUAUGUUUUUAGAAGAGAUAGCUGAGAAGGAAAGGAAAGAACACCUUGACCAACUGAAACUUCAACUCGAGCAGCAUGAGGAGAGCCUGGUGCAUCUGCAGGUGGAGCUGGAAGAAAAACACAGGCGGGAAUUGGAGAUGUUGAAGUCCUCUCUUGAAAUUCGCCACGAGGAGGAGGUGAUGAAGGUUAAGAUGGACCUCACGGACAAGCACCUUGCAGAGACCCAGGUGUGGAAGAGGGAGCAGUGCCUGGAGCUUGAACGGCUGCGGGCCGCCCUCUCAGGAGAGCAUGUCCAAGAGCUCACACGGAUGCGUCUCCAGUGUGCGCAGGACGUGGCUUCAGAUGUGGAAACAGAGGUGGCUGCAAGAGUCUUGGGCUUGGAAAAUGAGUACAAAGUUAAGCUGUCACUUCUUCAAACUGAUCUAAAGGAAGAAAUGGAACUCUUAAAAAUAGAAAAUAGAAAUUUACAUGAGAAGUUGCAGCAUGAAAUCCAUCUGAGAGAAGAUGCAGAGAAAGCAAAAUGUAAAUUAGUUGAAGACCACCAGGAAGAAGUAAGGAAAAGUAAGGAGAAGAUUCAGUUAAUGAGACAAGAAUUCAAAGAAAAAGAAGAAGAAUGGAAAGUUACUCGCGAGGACCUGAAGAGAAAAGCUGAAGAGAAAUUAACACUGGUGCUCCUUGAACUAAGAGAAAAAACGGAGUCUGAGAAGCAGGCAAUAAUAGAUAAGUUUGAGCUUCGAGAGACUGAAAUGAGGCAGCUUCAGAAUGAGCAGGCGAAGCAGAUCCUGGAGCUGGCAAGGUCUCUGGCCGAGCAGCAGGGCCGCCUGCAGCAGCUGGAACUCGGGGUGGCAGGGGAUGAGCCUCCACAGUGCAGCCAGUGCGGCCCCGUGGCUGAGGCUUGGGAGCGUACCACACUCCGCCUGAAGGAGGACUGUGCCCUCCAGCUGAUGCUGGCCCAGAAUAGGUUUUUGGAAGAACGGAAAGAGAUGACAGAGAAGUUUGCUGCAGAGCACGAUGCUGCCCUGAAGGCACUGCAGGAGAAGCACUCGGGCGAGCUCCAGCUCCUCCAGGACAGUCACCGGCAGCAUGUUGUGUCCCUGACGGCCGAGCUGCAGGCUGAGCACCAGGCUGAGACGGGCGCCCUGAAGGCUGCGCUGGAGAGUGAGCAGUGGGUGCGUUUGGAGGCCCACGUGGCUGAGCUACAGACCAGACAGGCCGCAGAGCUCAGUGCAUUAGAAAUGAAGCAUCUGUCAAGCCUGGACUCCUUGAAUUCCUGCUACCUGUCUAAGAUCCAGACCCUACAGGGUGAGCACCGGGGGGCCCUGAAACAGCUGCGAGUAGACCUGGAGGAGCAGCUGCGGAAAAAGGACUCCUUUCACCAGAUGGUUCUGAGCCAAGAGCGAGAGAAACUUAAACUGAAGCAUGAUGAAGAGCUUCAGCGCACAAAGGACGACCUGAGGAUUGAAAUGAGCACCAGACACAUUGAGAACCUGAAAGCCAUGGCUGCUGAGCUUCAGCGCGCACAUCAGGAAGAGCUGGCUUCAGCUCUGCAUGCUCAGCGGCGCCUGCUGGAGGAGGAGAAGAGUUCGGCUCUGGAGAGUGUCAGUACUGAGGUUCUGCUCUCAAAUCCGCAGCGCCAGGCGACCCCACAGGUGCUUGAAGACAUACACACGGCUGGCCCUCAGGGACUGCAGGAAGAGGCUGUGCAGAGUGAAUUUGAAAGUGAAAAGAAAGCUGUUUCUCAUGAAGAGGAGAAAGUCAAUACACGUGAGAGUGAACAAGCACAGUCCACUUGCCCAAAGGAGGAAAUGCCCCAGUCUCGGCAGCUCCAGGAGCAGGAGUACCACAUCCAGCAGCUGAAAGGCAAAAUUACAUCCUUGAGUCAAGAGGUUGAAGAAUGUAAUUCCAAACUGGAGAAGCUGCAGCAAAGACGUGAACGAGAAAACCAGGAAGGCACAAAUCUUAUAUCGAUGCUGAAGUCUGACAUAGAUUUGUCUCGCAGUGAAAGGAACUCACUCCAGGAUGCCCUCAAAAGGCUGCUGAGCUUGUUUGGAGAGACGCUGAGGGCUGCAGUUGCCAUAAGGAGUCAGAUCAGUGAGCGUGUGGGGCUCUGUUUGGAUGACAUGGGGGCCCCUUGUACAGAGAGCCUGCCUGACGUCUGGCCAGCCAUCGAGGUCCUGUGUGCAGGAGAGUGCACAGCCUCCACACUGGAUGCGGCCCUGCCUGAGCUACGCACAGCCCUGCUGGAGCCUGAUGGGGCGCUCCCUGAGCCUGCAGAGGUGUCGGCGGUGGCCGAGAUCAGCAGUCAUGUGUGUGAAAGCUUCUUUAUGAACCCAGACACCACACUGGAGUAUGAACAGCCCGUCAGGAAGAUCUUCCAGAGCCUCAGGUUGGCUGUGGACAAACUCCUGGAGAUGGUUUUGGACUCCAGCCGCCAGCUGGAGGAAGCACGCCAACUUCAUUCUAAUUUUGAGAAAGAAUUUCACGGUAAAAACGAGGAGACAGUGCAGGUCAUUAGGAAGCAGAAGGAGCUCCUGGACUGCCUCAGUGAGGAGAGCGCAGCGACGGCCGCCCUCACCCGGGAGCUCCACCAGGCCCACGGGCUCAUCGAGGGGUUUAAAGAAGAGAGGGCAGACCUGCAGGCGACGAUUGGUCAGAAGGAGCAGUCCGAGCAGCUCCUGGUGUUGGAGCUGGAGCAACUGAGCCUACAGCUCCAGAAGGCAGCCUGUGAGCAGGCGCAGCUGAAGGAGGAGUGCACUGCCCUGCAGAGCCAGAUGGAGGCCCUUGCUGCCAAGGCACAGGAGAGAGAAUCUGGCAUUCCUGUCACUGUAGCACAAAAGGCUUCAGGUCUCCAGAAGGAAGUGGAGUGUCUAACAAAGGAGCAGUUGGAGACUACGAAGCAGUCUGAGAAGGACCGAGCCGCUCUGCUCUCGCAGCUGCGGGUGCUGGAGUCGGAGUUGGAGGAGCAGGUGUCCCAGCAUCAGGCGUGUGCCCAGCAUGCCGAGGAGGUUGUCGCCCUGAAGCAGCAGAUGGCUUCACUGGACAAGCACCUGCGCAGCCAGCGGCAGUUCAUGGAUGAGCAGGCAGCGGAGCGGGAGCACGAGCGAGAUGAAUUCCAGCAGGAGAUCCAGAGACUGGAGGGACAGCUACGGCAGGUGGCCCGGGCCCAGGCCACGGACGCCCAGUUGAGCCACAGUGAGCAGCCAAGUGAAGAGGUUGAGUUGUUACAGAAAACGUUAAGGGAAAAGUCAGAUGAGUUCACCGAGUUGGCUGUGAAGAAGGAGCUGGCUGACAGGCGGCUGGCAGUGCAGCAGGAGGAGGUGCAGCGCCUCGAGGCGGCAGUUACUGAGGCCGGCAAGAGGGUGACCCAGCUCCAGGAAGAACUGGAGACACAGAAGAGAAUUGGGGAAGAAUUACAGCAGGAUAAAGAGGCGCUAGAGAAACAGCAGAUGAAUCACUUGAUCUUGGUGUCCGAGCUGCAGACUGAACUUGAGGAGGCUAAAUGCCGUCUGCCUCCGGCCGUCACCCCUGUUCUGACAGCUGAAGCACAGCCGGAGACAGUGGCAGUGGGGCUCCCACAGAGUGAGCGAGAGGUUUUGGACUUAAAAGAGCAACUGGAAGAAGUUAAAGAUAAUUUAGCAAGUAAAAAUGAGGAAAUACUACAUUUGACUUUAAAAUUAGAUGUGCAGACUCGCCACAAUGCUUCCAGCCUCAGGGCACUCCACGAGGAGAACACCCACUUGAAGGCAUUUCUGCAAAGCAAAGAGGAGGAGAUCGUGUCUGUGCGGGAACAGCUGGGCCGGUUGGGAGAAGCCGGGGACUGUGAGGUUAUAUGUAACAGAAGUCCUGAAGUGGAAGAGCUGAAGUUCAUCGUUGAGACCCUGCAGGAGAACCAAGCUCGACUACAGAGGGAGAAAGCAGAGGAAAUUGAGCAGCUCCACGAGGUCAUUGAGAAAUUGCAAAAGGAGCUCUCUCCUCGGGGACCUGUGGCUCUGGAAAUCCGAGCUAGUGCAGCUGAAAGCCUUCAGACUGAGCUGGAGCAAGGGCUGCUUGGUGUCCAUGAGGAGGUGGCUGAGGACCUGAAGGAGCCAGGGUCCCACGUGCAGGGGCUGCAGGCGGAGCUGGAGGCAGCGCUCAUGGGCAAGGAGGCCCUGGGCCGGCUGCUGGAGGAGCAGGAGCGUGACCAUCGCCAGGCCCUGGAGGCACUAGGGCAGAGCCUGCGGGCUGCUGAGGGUGCUGCUGCUCACCAACUGGCGGGGCUGAGGCACAGCGUGGCCCUUAAGGAGUCCUCCCUGGAGGCACUGGCCUCCCGCCUGGCAGAGUUCGAAGACACUUUGAGAGAAAAGGAAGCAGUGAUUUCGAAGAAAGAUCUAGAAAUCAAUGCAUUGAGCAAGCAGAGGGCAGCCCGUCUCGCAGAGCUGGAGGCUGUGCUGGCUGCUGUGUCUGGGUUCCGACGUGCCCUGGAGCGGCAGUCCUGGACUGAGGCAACCGAGCCCCCGGAGCUGCAGGUGCUGCGGACGCAGUGCGCGCGUCUCGGCCGCCAGCUGCAGGCACUGAGCCAGCGGUUCUUGCGGUGCCAGCGGGAGCUGGGCCGGCACCAGAUCCUUGGAGAGGGCAGCACUGGAUGCAGGACCACCAGGGGUGUGGUGGCUGUAGAGACCGGGCGUGGUGAAGAUUCAGACCAGGAUGAGGGCAGCAGGCUGGCGCGUCUGGUGCCCCAUGUUGGAGACCCUCAGAUUCCUGGGAAGGACCGUCGGCAGCCUGCCCCUGCCGGUGAGGCUCCAGGAGGUGCAGGUCAGCUGGGGCAGGAGAGCGUGAUGUCCGUGCUGGCUGCCUGCCAGAAGCAGCUGGCAUCUGAGCUCUUCCUGGUGAGGCCUGAGGUGCGCCUGAGCAGAGAGGAUGGCUGCAGCCGGCUGGGACGGGACAAGGGUCAGGAGAAACCACGAGCAGAUCAGGGUCAGCCACGGAAAGUAGACCUGUUAACUCAGGUGAAACAACUUCAGAAGAGAUUGGCUUCUCUGGUCCGUUCCAUGACUGUUCAAGAUACGGGUCCAGAAAGUUCCACAUGUGUACAACCAUCAGCACACUUGGCACCUGCUCUAGAAAGCAGCUCCAAUGACGUUUCUCAAAGCGAUGAGUCAAGUGACAGAUCUCCUCCCGCUGACACAUCUGAUACCCACAGGCCCACGUGGGAUCUAAUGGAAGUUAUUGAACAUCCAGAUCCUUCGACACAAACUGGAACUUCAGUUCUCAUUCAUGAAAAAAUAGAAGCACAAAGCUCACCGUUCUCUUUAAAAGCUGGUUUGCACAACCGCUCCAAGGGUGUGGCACCCUUCAGGAGCCCGGUGCAAACAAUGGACCUGUCUUCCUGGGGCUCACCUGAGAUUGUCAGGAGGGACUCCAGCCUGGAGCCCCCACCUAGCCUUCUGACACCCUGCUCAGAUGCCAUGGGCCUGUGCAGCCUAGACUCCACAGUGCUCCAGGCAGAUAGCUCUGGCCUCCUUUGUUACCCGGCACCCACAGCCAAGGGGAGUGCCUUGCCCUGGACAGGGUAUCCCCAUGCUUUGGACACAUCUCUCCCCACAGCCCACCACCAUGUAGAGAGGACGGCUGCGGAGAAAGAUGUCGAAGAUUUUAUUGUAACGUCUUUUGGUUCUCAAGAAAACUUAAGAUCAUCUCCUCUUGAGUUAGAAGGAAAAAGUGGUGGAAGUGAAAAAAGUGACGGCUCAGGUUUGGGAGAGAGACUAAACGAAGAUUCAGAACGAACUGAAGCUCCCCUUGAUAGUCUCGCAGCUUCUUCUCAGAAGUCUGGAAGGCAUCAACUGUUACCGGUAGCAAUGAAGGAGAGGGAGGUUCAUGCGAAGCAAGUGCAGGCGAUGCUGAAAAUGGUGUCUGAUGAAAGCCAUCACAUUCUGGCCCUUUCUGAGCACCGGGGCCCUCCCAGCACGAUGGGCAGGGGAGAGCCAUGCACCAUGCGGGAGCAUGUUCCGGGGGAGGGGCCGGGCCUGAUGGAGGCACUGCCGGCCCUCGGAGCACCCCAGAAAGGAGAGAAGAAACCGGACGUGUGUGUGGACUGGAGAGGAGUGUUACUGCGAGCCUUGCAGGAGGCGUUCGAGAAGGAGCGGCAUGCUCUAGGCAUCGAGCUGCAGUCCCGACUCGGCAACUAUGAGCCAGGGGACAGCAGCUCCCUGCUUGAGAAGCUGGAAAAGGUUGUCUGGGAGCAGCAGGGUGCCCUGCAGGACAUGUCUGCAGAAUCACUCUGCCUGUCUGACCGGAGGAGCCUGCUGUCUGAGAUUCAGGCCCUGCGUGCCCAGCUGCGCAUGACACACCUGCAGAACCAGGAAAAGCUGCAGCAGCUCUGCGCAGCACUCACCAGUGCAGAGGCCCGAGGGAGCCGCCAAGAACACCAGCUGCGCAGACAAGUUGAAUUACUGGCGUAUAAGGUCGAGCAGGAGAAAUGCAUAGCCAGUGAUUUACAGAAGACACUGAGUGAGGAGCAGGAGAAAGCUACUAGCGUUCGGAAGCUGCUUGUGUUGGAGCAAAAUGCCGUCAAAGAUCUCAAAUCUGAGCUCUGCGAGUGUAAACAGGAAAACGAAAGGCUGCUUAAGUCCCUGAAUGACGUGCAGAAAGAGGUCCUCCAGCUGAGGUCAGUGCUGGACACUAAAGAGAAGGACCUUGCGGCAGUGCUGGAGAAGUUGGAUGCUGAGCGUGGGAAGGAACGCGCAUUGCAGAGCCGGCUGGAGGAGGAGCAGCUACAGCACCUGCAGAAGGAGGGCCAGAGCUCUCGGGCCCUGGAGGAUUUGCGAGCAUCUCUGGAAAAACAGUAUUCUCAGAAUAACAGACUAUGUGUGGCAUUAAAACAUGAGCAGACGGCAAAGGACAACCUCCAGAAGGAGCUGCAGAUUGAGUGUUCUCGCUGUGAGGCACUGCUGGCGCAGGAGCGCAGCAAGCUGGCUGAGCUGCAGAAGAGCGUGGAAGUGGAGCAGGGUCGCGCUCGGGAGCUCUCCGAGGCCCUUGCCCAUGAGCGCCUGCUAACUGAGCAGCUGAGCCAGAGGAUGCAGGAAGCCUCACUGCCUCAGGCCCUGCUGCAGAAGCUUGGGGCAGAGCAGGCUCGUGUGGCAGAGCUGCAGGCCCUGCUCGAGCGUGUGCAGCAACAGGCUGUGCACACCCAAAAGCGGCUGGAGGCCGAGGUGCAGACGCGCAGUGAGGAGCUCACACGGGAAAGGGAGCGAGAACUAGAAUUGCAGCGACAACGUGAUGAACAUAAGAUCGAGCAGCUUCAGCGGACAGUGAGGGACCUGCAGUUGAAGGAAGACUUGCGUCCUGGCAGUGGCCGUUGCUCGUCUUCACCCGGAGGUACCAGCCACGCAGAAGUGCGCUUCCCAUCGGAGCUCAGCUGCCUCCGCGAGCAGCAGGAGGAGCUGGAGAAGAUAAGGCAGCAGCUGCUAUGUGCCGCCGGGCUCCUGACCAGCUUCACCCACCAGACUGUGAACAGAACAAUUCAUGAUUGGACAUCAUCAAAUGAGAAAGCAGUGGCUUCAUUGCUGCAGACCCUGGAGGAAAUGAAAUCUGACCUGGGCGCCUCUAUCUCCUCUCAGCUCGUGUGGUGGACUUUCCUGGGAAGCCCUCCUCCUCGAGGCUCGUGCGAGUGUGACGUGGUGGAGUAG